UUAUCAUUUCCACAAUUACUAUUCAUCCAUAUAUGCUUUCCUCCUCCGUCGCUUGCCCUAGCGACUAGCAUCCCCAAUUCUGCGUUCUCUCUUCGCAUUCCGCAAGCCUCUGCCUCUCAAUCCUCCAUUUUCUGCAUCAUGGCUCAGACGGCAAGUCGAUCCAAAUUGCGGUGGGGGGAGCUAGAUGACGAUGACGGUGAUCUGGAUUUUCUUCUACCUCCCAAGAAAAUUAUCGGUCCAGAUGAGAAUGGCUUGAAGAGAACUAUUGAAUAUCAGUUUAACGAAGAUGGUAAUAAGGUUAAGAUCACAACCACCUCGCGUACUCGCAAGCUCGCCCAUGCUCGCCUCAGUAAACACGCCAUUGAGCGUCGAUCUUGGGCGAAGUUUGGUGACGCUGUGCACGAAGAUGUUGGCAGCCGCCUCACUAUGGUCUCCACCGAGGAGAUCCUUCUGGAACGCCCUCGUGCUCCUGGUAGCAAACCAGAAGAGCCGAAGGUUGCAGGAGACCCUCUAGCUCAACUUGGAAAAGGUGGUGCUGUUCUUAUGGUAUGUAGGACUUGUGGCAAAAAGGGUGACCACUGGACCUCAAGGUGUCCUUACAAGGACUUGGCACUACAAGGCGAGGGAUUGGAUAAGGCUGCCGCACCAGAGGCUACAGCUGCUGCUCCUGGUGGUGCAACGAAGGGGACAUAUGUUCCUCCAGGUAUGAGAGCAGGGGCAGACAGGACUGGAACCGAUAUGAGACGUAGGAACGAUGAAAACUCUGUUCGUGUCACCAAUCUCUCGGAGGACACAAGAGAGCCUGACCUGCUCGAGCUUUUCCGACCUUUUGGUGCCGUUAGCCGAGUUUAUGUUGCAGUUGAUCAAAAGACUGGUAUGAGCAGAGGAUUUGGUUUCGUGAACUUUGUGAACCGUGAGGAUGCUCAAAGAGCAAUCAACAAACUGAAUGGAUAUGGUUAUGAUAAUCUCAUCCUUAGAGUCGAGUGGGCGACUCCAAGGGCUACUUAAGUUGCCUUCGUUUUACAUGCUUUACUCUUCAAGGUCGUGUGAUUUGGUUACUCUUAUAGCAGGGCCCCCCGCCCAACAUUUUGUUACUUCUGUGUUCUUGAGCUUCCUUACGUUGAGAAAAUGCUAAAUUAACAACUUCCGUGUACUUGGUUGUAAAAUCUUUCCUGCUGUUUAAGUAAUGAUUUUGAUUGCUUAAAGUAUUUUUGGUAUAUUUUAUUGAUUUUUCCUUA